AUGUUGUAUAAUGAAACAAAAAUAAUUUUCGAUUUAUUGGUUAUUAAGGUUCAAAAUGGAGAGGAUAUUUCAGCUAAUGAAAUUAGAAUACCUCAAACCGCGCCAAAUAACUUUAGAGAUUUGAGUGUUUUUCCUGAUAUUAAAAACGACCUUCUUAUUUGUGAUGAACCUUUUUUAAGGCCUAUUGAGCCUAAGAAAAAAUUUGAUGAUAUAGAGCAGUAUUUAGAUAUUCAUUUUCGAUUGUUAAAAGAAGAUUUUGUUCGACCUUUACGAAAUGGAAUUAAAGAAUAUCUUGCAUCGCAUGAAGACUUUUCUGUAAAUAAAUUGAAAAAGAAAUUUUUUGAUAUAAAAGUUUAUCAAAAAGCUCAAAUUUUAAAUCCUGAAUGCUCAACGAAUGGGAUCUCAUAUAGAAUUAUUUUUGAUGUAAGCAAGCUACAAAAUGUAAAAUGGGAAUAUAGUAAAAGAUUUAUUUAUGGUUCAUUACUCUGCUUUUCUCAUGACAAUUUUGAAUCAAUUUUUAUCGCUACGGUUGUAGAUAGGAAGCCUGAACUUCUUACUCAUGGUAUUUUGACUGUUAAAUUUGAAAGUAACAUCAGAAUGCUAGAAAAUUUUACAACAUUAGAAUUUGUUUUUAUUGAAACAUCUGCCUAUUUUGAAUCUUACAGACAUAUUUUAAAUGCUUUGAAAUCAAUUGAAGAACAAAGUUUUCCAUUUAAUAAUGUAAUAAUAAAAUGUGAAAAAAUUAUUAGUCCACCUAAAUAUGUGCAUUUAAACAGUGGUCUUAAGUUUGAUUUUUCAGAUUUGUUUCUUAUUAACUCAAAUCAAAAUUUUCAAAUUGUUACUUUAAGUGAUACAAAAACUUGGCCUUUGAACACUGAUAUAAAUUUUGAUGCUUCCCAACUGGAAGCUUUAAAAUCAGCAUUUUUGUCAGAAGUUUGUCUCAUUCAAGGACCACCUGGUACAGGAAAAACAUUUAUUGGCCUGAAGAUUGUGCAACUUUUACAUACAAAUUGGAAUGUCUGGAAUAGUCCUGGAACUCGUCCUAUUCUUGUGAUUUGCUACACCAACCAUGCAUUAGACCAGUUUUUAGAAGGAAUAGCCAAAUUCAUGACUAAAGGCAUAGUAAGAGUUGGUGGACGAAGCAAAAGUAAAGAAAUCGAUAAAUUUUUUUUAAAAAAUAUUAAGAGAAAUGUGUUUUCAAGUAGAAGAUUGCCACCUCAUAUAUAUGAAGGAAAAAAACAUGUUCGAAAUGAAAUGUUAAAUUUGGAGCGGGUGAUUGAAGAUGUAACAGCGCGUAUAAAAAUAUUAGAAAAUGGAUUGAUUCAUGAAGACGUUAUUAGACCGUUCAUGUCUGAACACCACAAACCAUUUUUUUCUUACUCUUUAAAUGGGUCUAAAAUACCUUUUUGGUUAGAAAUUUAUAGCUAUGAUUUUUCAGAUGAAGAAAUUGGUGAUGAAAAUGACGAAAAUAAAAAUAUUAAUGACGAAAAUAAAGAAAUUAUCAAAGAGGAGAAUAAUGAAGAGUAUAUUGAUGUAGCUCAGGAAGCUGAUUUAGAAGAGUUGAAACGCAUUUUAGAUUUUGAAGAAGAUAUGAAUUUUAUUGAUAAAAACAAAUUAAAAAGUCAAUUAAUAAAAAAACAAGCUGUUGAAGAUGCAGAAAAAAUUAUUGGUUAUACAUUUGAGCAAAAAGUUAAUGAAGGUGAAUGGAAAACACAGAGACAACAAAAAAAAAAGUUUAAUAAAUAUAUUCGUGAAAUGUUGUUCAGCAGAGAUGUGAUGACAGAAUCAGAAGCACAUAAAGUCGGUAACAUCAAUAAUCUCAGCUUAAAAAACAAAUGGCGUCUUUACAGAUUUUGGGUUAAAAUGUAUAAAUCAUCAUUAAACGAAAAAAUUAGAAAUUCAGAAAAUGAAUAUCAAAUGUUAAGUGACCGUAUGGUGGAACUAACAAAUGAGGAAGAUUGCUGGAUUAUGAAUCAAUCCAAAUUGAUAGGAAUGACAACCACCGGUGCUGCAAGAUAUACCGGAGUUCUCAGCGAAAUAAGACCAAAAAUAGUUAUUGUUGAAGAAGCGGCUGAAGUGUUGGAAGCUCACAUAACCAGCAACUUAACAUCUGGGUGUGAACAUUUGAUUCUUAUAGGGGAUCACAAACAGUUGAGACCGAAUCCUAAUGUUUUCAAGUUGGCAGUGGAAUAUAAUCUUGACGUUUCUCUUUUUGAACGGUUGAUAAUGAAUGACAUUCCAUAUAUAACUCUCAAAAAACAGCAUCGUAUGAGACCUCAAAUAGCAGAUAUGGCUAGAAUUAUUUAUCCAGAUUUAGAAGAUGAUGUUUCUGUUUUAUCUUACGAAAACGUAAAAGGGAUAGCUUCAAAUGUUUUUCUUAUAAAUCAUAGCAAUCCAGAGCAAACUGACACUGAACUAGCUAGCGUUUCAAACCAAUUUGAAGCGGAAUAUUUGUCGAAACUUUGUCGCUACUUACUGCAGCAAGGUUAUUUGCCUUCGCAAAUUACUGUAUUGACACCAUAUAGUGGACAAAUGUUUUGUUUAAGAAAGUGCAUGCCCAAACGUUUCUUUAAUGGUAUCACUAUUUGUCCUAUAGACAACUAUCAAGGAGAAGAAAAUGACAUUAUUCUUUUAAGCAUGGUCAGAAGCAACGCAAAUGACGUCAUUGGAUUUUUAAAAGAUAACAACCGUAUAUGUGUGGCAUUGACUCGGGCAAAAAAAGGUCUGUACGUUAUUGGGAAUUUUGACAUGUUGAGACGUAAAUCUGAAUUGUGGGCCAAACUAUUACAAGUUGCAACACGAUAUGACCCUCCUUUUUAUGGGAACACGUUAUUGUUAUUAUGCGAAAAUCAUCCUAAUAAAAGCAAAACAGAAAUAAACUGUCUCAAAGAUUUUAAUAAAGUGCCGGAAGGAGGAUGUCUCAUUCCCUGCAAUUUUAGAUUACAAUGUGGACAUGUAUGUACUCGUUUGUGUCACGUAUUUGAUAAAGAUCAUAAAACCUUUAAAUGCACAAAACCUUGUGCUAAAAUUAUUUGCACAAAUAACCAUGUUUGCCCCAAAAAUUGCUGGGAAACAUGUGGAAAAUGUCUGAUUUUGGUUGAGAAGCAGUUGGCAACUUGCAACCAUUUCCAUAAGAUGCCUUGUUCGACUGAUGCUGCUGAUUUCAUUUGCAAAUUUCCUUGCCAAAAAAUGUUACCUUGUAAUCACAAAUGUUCUAAUUAUUGUGGAGAAAUAUGCACAAGUGAAUGCAAAACACAACUUUUAAAAAAAUUAUCUUGUGGUCAUACUGAAAAAGUUAACUGCUGCGAAAAAUCUAAAUUGGUUUCAUGUGCCGUGCCCUGUAAGGAAUUGCUUGAAUGUGGACAUCACUGUGAAGGCACAUGCGGAGAUUGUUUUCAAGGCAAAGUGCACAAGGCAUGCAGUCAGUCCUGCAGCAGGUCUCUUAUUUGUGAUCAUAAAUGCAAACAAACUUGUCAUGAGUCAUGCACUUCAUGCAAACAACAAUGCAAUACCAAAUGCGUUCAUAGCAAAUGUUCAAAACUUUGUGGGGAAAUAUGCACCAAUUGUAAUGAACAAUGUGAUUGGAAAUGUGAACAUUUCAAAUGCUCUAUGUUAUGCCACCAGCCUUGUAAUCGAAAAAAAUGUGAUCUUCCUUGUAAAAAAUUUCUCGAGUGUAAACAUCCUUGUGUGGGUAUUUGUGGAGAGAAAUGUCCAAAGCUCUGCAGGUUGUGUAACAAAAAACAACUUACUGAAAUUUUUUUUGGCACAGAAGAUGAGGACACUGCAUGUUUUGUUCAACUUGAUGAUUGUGGUCAUGUUCUAGAAGUUACUGGUCUUGACAGUUGGGUUAAGCAAAGUUUCAAUGAUUCGGCAAUAAAAUUUAUUUGUUGUCCAAAAUGUAAAACUCCUAUUAGAAAAAACUUAAGAUACGGAACUGAAAUAAACACGAUUUUUAACAAAAUACAGUCGAUAAAAUUGAAAAUUUUUGGUUUAGAAGCGGAUAUAAAAUCUAAGACGUUGUUGCUAUUAAAAAAUGUGUCAGCCAAACAUGUUACCUACAGACAAAUGCUCCUUGAAAAUCAACUGGGUUUGUCUGAAUUAGAAAGCUUUAAAAUAGGAUAUUCGUUAUUGAAGCAUAGCAAAGAAUUAUUAUUCAAAAAAUUUAUUAUCCAAGAGGAUGGCUUGACAAAAUUAAGAAACAGGAUGAAAAAAUCGAUAACAACUUUGUCAAAGCAGGAAAUCAAAGAAAUGCAGUAUGAAAUAACAAGAUAUGAUCUGAUGGUAAUGUUUGAAGAAUGCAAACACCAAAUUGAAAAUAAUAGCAAUCCAAGACUAACCAAUGAAAAUCGAGAAACUUUUCAAUAUACUUUUAACCUUCUGAAAAACAAAAAAUUAGAUAAGAGUUUUGAAGAAACAGCAAGAAAUGUUUUGAAAAGUACGUCAAAAUUAUUGACUGGCCUAGGAAUUUCUCAAAUUGAAAGAGUUCAAAUUCUCCAAGCGCUGUCUGAUGUUCAUAGAGGAGCCUGGUUCGAAUGCCCAAAUGGCCACCUGUAUGCAAUUGGAGAUUGUGGAGGUGCUAUGGAAGAGGGCAGAUGUAAUGAAUGCAAGGCAGUGAUAGGCGGCAGGAGUCACGCCCUACGAGCUGACAACAGAUGGAACAAUGAGAUGGAUGGAUCGACUUCUACGGCUUGGCCCGGAACCCUCAUGAAUCCCCAAUAG